CCGCCCUUCAUAAGCCCCCCUGCUUUACUCAAAGCCUCAAAGCGUCCUCACUCUCCAUACAGAUUUAUACUAAUUUCUCCUCUUUCUCCUUCUUCUUCUCCAUCAAACAUUGAAUCAUUAUUUCCAUGUGUUUCCACCUCUUAACGGUUUUUCUCUUUCACGCAUGUAUUUUCUCCUGAUUUGCUGGAAACGUUUCGCUCCGCUCCAGGGCCUUUGAUUCACCUCUGUUUUAAUCUCUGUUUCCGAGGAGUUUCUGAAUACAUAUCUCUGCAGAAUUUGCCAGCGACUACAGUUGGGUUCUCUGUAACGUCCAUCAAUCAUGACGGAGCAGGAAAGGAAGAAGGAAGGAGCGAGAAAGAUGAAGAAGAGCUACUUCGAUGUCGUAGGAUUGUGCUGUUCCUCGGAGGUUCCGCUGAUUGAGAACAUCCUCAAACCUCUGGAAGGAAUCAAAGAGGUUUCCGUCAUCGUCCCUUCCCGAACCGUCAUUGUCGUCCACGACACUCUGCUCAUUUCACAGUUCCAAAUCGCUAAGGCGUUAAACCAAGCAAGGCUGGAGGCGAAUGUGAGGGUCUAUGGAGAGGAGGAAGAGAAGCAGAAGCACAUGUGGCCAAGUCCAUACGCGAUGACGUCAGGAAUAUUGCUGGUGAUAUCACUAUUCAAGUACGUGUAUGGCCCACUCCAAUACGUGGCCUUAGCAGCUGUUGCCGCUGCUCUUCUUCCCAUUCUCCUCAAAGCCUUCGCCUCCCUCCGCCACCUCCGUCUCGACAUUAACAUCCUCAUCCUCGUCGCAGUUGUGGGAACUAUUGUCAUGCAUGAUUAUUUGGAAGCUGCUACCAUUGUCUUCCUCUUCUCCAUUGCUGAAUGGCUUGAAUCAAGAGCAAGUCACAAGGCGAGUGCAGCAAUGUCAUCGUUGAUGAACAUAGCUCCCCAGAAAGCAACCAUAGCCGAAACCGGAGAGGUUGUGGACGCCGACGAGGUCAAAGUGAACACCGUACUAGCCGUUAAAGCAGGGGAAGUCAUACCAAUUGAUGGAAUUGUUGUAGAUGGAACUUGUGAAGUCGACGAGAAAACUUUGACCGGCGAGUCAUUCCCUGUACUGAAACAAAAGGACUCCACUGUUUGGGCAGGCACUAUCAAUUUAAAUGGUACUCUUUCUUGUUAAACUAAUGCCCUGGCUGAAGAUUGUGUGGUGGCGAAAAUGGCAAAGCUAGUGGAAGAAGCUCAAAACAGUAAAACCAGGAGCCAGAGAUUGAUAGACAAGUUUGCCAAGUUUUAUACCCCAGCUGUUGUGAUCAUAUCAACUCUAUUGGCGGUGAUUCCAGUUUUGUUUAGAGUACAUAAUGUGAAACAUUGGGUUCAUUUUGCGCUUGUGGUUCUAGUAAGCGCAUGCCCAUGUGCUCUUGUCCUUUCUACGCCGGUUGUGACUUUCUGUGCGUAUACAAAAGCAGCGACAUCGGGCCUUCUCAUCAAAGGGGGUGAUUACCUGGAAACCCUUGCAAAAGUUAAGGUCAUGGCGUUUGACAAAACUGGCACCAUUACAAAGGGUGAAUUUGUGGUGACAAAUUUCCAAUCCCUCUGUGAUGAUGUGGAUUUGAACACGUUGCUUUACUGGGUCUCAAGCAUAGAAAGUAAGUCAAGUCAUCCAUUGGCGGCAGCAAUUAUUGAUUAUGGAAAGUCACUUUCUAUUGAUCCUAAGCCAGAAGAGGUGACAGACUAUGAAUUUCCUGGAGAAGGUAUUUGUGGAAAAAUUGAUGAGAGAUAUAUUUACAUUGGAAGUAGAAAAAUUGCCACAAGAGCUGGGUCUAAGACAGUUCCUGCCUUUGAAGGCUCUCAGGGAGGAAAGACUAUUGGCUAUGUAUACUCAGGAGCAACUCCAAUUGCAGUUUUCUCUCUUUCAGAUGUUUGCCGAGCUGGGGUAGUGGAGGCUCUAAGUCAGCUAAAGUUAUUGGGCAUCAAAAGUUCCAUGCUUACUGGAGAUAGUCAUGCAUCUGCCAUGCAGGCUCAAGAGCAGCUAGGGCAUGCUUUGGAGCAAGUCCACGCAGAGCUUUUACCAGAAGGAAAAGCCAAAAUCAUCACUGAAUUCAAAAAGGAAGGACCAACAGCCAUGGUUGGAGAUGGUGUGAAUGAUGCACCAGCAUUAGCUGCAGCUGACAUUGGUAUCUCAAUGGGUAUUUCAGGUUCUGCACUAGCAAGCGAAACAGGAAAUAUAAUUCUCAUGUCAAAUGACAUGAGGAAGAUACCACAAGCCAUUAAGCUUGCAAGAAAGUCUCGAAGGAAAGUAAUAGAAAAUAUAAUACUGUCAAUUGUGACUAAGGCUGCAAUCAUUGGCCUCGCCAUUGCUGGUCAUCCACUUGUUUGGGCAGCAGUUCUUGCCGACGUUGGAACAUGCUUGUUGGUAAUCUUAAACAGCAUGCUCCUCCUGCACCGAAGAGAGAAGCAUAGAGGAAAAUGUUGUAGAUCUUCCACUCAGCUACAUCUCCAUAAAAGUGGAUGUCAUGCCAAUAAUGGCAAAUCUUCACACCACCACCACCACCACAAGCAUGAUACUCAUCAACAUUCUAGAAUUAUAGAAAACCAUGACCAAAGUAAGUCCAGUGAUGAAUUCCGUGAACCAAAUGUCUGUCAUCAUGGAAGAUGUGAGAAAGGUAGUGUCCAGUCGCAUGAUACAGAAAGCAAGGGUUGUCAGGAUCUCAGGACAAGAUUGUGAUUGGAGUAGGUAAGUGUUCAAUUUCAACAGACAUUCAUGGUAGCUGUUCGGAACAUAUAACUCCCACAGCACAUCACAUUGCCUCAAAGAAAUUUUGACCCAACUCUUAUGAUGGAGCAUCACUGAGUUCUGCCUGCCAUUUCAAGCAUUCGCAUGAUAUAGAAAGCCAGGUUUGUUCAGAGUCUCCUCACAUGAUCCUGACUGGAGCAGAUAAAUGUUCGAGGGCAACAGACAAUCAUGGUUGUUUGGAACAGAACUCCCACAAGACAUUACAAUGCCACGACAGAGAUUGUGGCCCAGUCAGUCACGAUGGAGUAUCGCUUGUUUCCCCUGCAACUUCAAUCUUUCUGCACAGAAAGAAGUCAACAAUCCAGCAAUAAGCAUCACUGCCACUUGACCAAUGAUUUUGAAACUGCUGAGGAUCAUAAUCUCGGAAAGACGCCAAGAUGCGAUCAUGAAAUUGAGCAUCGAAGUUCAGGGCCUCUAUGUGACUUUAAGGUCUGUGGGGGCGAUCAUAUCGCCAGCGCCAUAGACAAUAAGCAUGCCGAAUCAGCCUCAACACAUGCUUGUGGGAGCUGGGAAGACCAAGAAAAAGCUUCUUGUUGCAAAGGCUGUCCAGAUGAAUGUCCUGUUGUGCGCGCCUCUUCAAGUGAGAGAGACGUUGGUGCAUGUUGUGAGGGCUCUUCAAAGGAAUCCAUUGAGUUUUCAAUGGCCCAUGCUUGUAUUAGUUUGGACAAGAGAGGCAUUGGUGGGUGUUGCAAGAGCUACAUGAUGGAAUGCUGUAGUAAGCACGGACAUUUAGGGGCUGCUUUUGGAGGUUUGCCCGAAAUUAUUACUGAACAGGUAUAGCUGGCUCUGGGCCUCAGCCCUCAGUAACAGUUGUCAGCAUGUCUAUUCUUGCUAUAUGUGAUAAAGAAUCCACAAGAGUAGAACCCAAAAUUUCUCACUAGAAGUGCAUAUAUACUAUAACUUCUUGGUAUUACUCAUGUAUAAUUUGAAGAUAUCUCAUAAUUACGGUAACCUCAAUUUGACCAAGCAGAUCCGCUGGAGAUAAUCAUCAAGUAGGAACCUGACUUACCCUAUGGUAUGAACUGAGGAUAAUUAUAUAGGUCAAUACAACAUGAUGAAGCAUUUUCCCCUGUUUUUCUAGGUUAUUAGGAAUUAGGCUCCGUCAACACAUGUGGGAGGGAAAAAGUGAAGGAAAAUCACCCACAUGGGAGUUCGUUGAUUAGGUGCUGAUGACUUGCUUUUUUGUAACCUCAUGUUUCACCUAUACCACGUGCUGCUGGUUGUACUAACUGUUGAUGCAAGAAGCAGGCACUUAGCUUAUAUCAGUCUAUGUCACUGAA